CACUCUCACCUCGACGCGGUGAUUUCUGACACGCCCGCACGCCGCAGCUGCGCGUCUCCCCCAACCCACACGCACACACGGUUGCGUCGCCGCUGCACCCAAACUCAGCUUGUUUUGCCGGUAAAACGACCCAAAUCCGCGGUCCCUCCCGCGCCUCCUCCGCCCGCUGCCCACCACGCCGCGUGUUAUUAUAGCCACCACCUCUCACUCACCUCACUCCACUCUCACUCUCACACUCUCGCGCACGCGGUCGAACACCUUGGCAGCAAACAGCAGCAGCAGCAGAUGAUGCCGCACUCCGGCGUGGUGGACGCGGCGGCGAAGGGGGUGAAGCUGGGGGGCGGUGGUGGCGGGGCGCUGAUGGUGCGCCGGGUGGCGAGCGGCAAGCUCCUGUCGGCGUCGUCGCACCUGCUGUUCCGGGCAACCAUCCUGGCGACGCUCUGCCUCGUCUGCCUCUUCACCGUGCACUACCCGUCGCUGCUGUCCCACUCCUUCCACCUCUCCUCCGCCGCCGCCGCCGCGAACGGGAAGCACAGGGCGGCGUCGCGGUCGUCGCACCGGAGCUUGCUUGGGUCGUCGGCGGCGGUGGCGUAUGGGGGCGCGGCGUGGGAGAAGGAGGUGAGGAGGAGCGCGGCGCCGAGGAGGGACGGGGGCUUGUCGGUGCUGGUGACGGGCGCCGCCGGGUUCGUCGGCGCGCACUGCUCGCUGGCGCUCCGGGCGCGCGGGGACGGCGUGGUGGGGCUCGACAACUUCAACUCCUACUACGACCCGUCCCUGAAGCGGGCGCGGCAGCGACUGCUGGCGUCGCGCGGCGUCGCCGUGCUCGACGCCGACAUCAACGACGCCGCGCUGCUGGAGCGGCUGUUCGACGCGGCGCGCUUCACGCACGUGCUCCACCUCGCCGCGCAGGCCGGGGUGCGCUACGCGAUGCGCGCGCCGCAGACGUACGUCGCGUCCAACGUCGCCGGCCUCGUCAGCGUCUUCGAGGUCGCCGCCAAGCACGCCGACCCGCAGCCGGCGAUCGUGUGGGCGUCCUCGUCGUCGGUGUACGGGCUCAACACCGACGCGCCCUUCUCCGAGGAGCACCGCACCGACCGGCCGGCGUCGCUGUACGCGGCGACCAAGAAGGCCGGCGAGGCCAUCGCCCACGCGUACAACCACAUCUACGGCCUCUCCAUCACCGGCCUCCGCUUCUUCACCGUGUACGGGCCGUGGGGCCGCCCCGACAUGGCCUACUUCUCCUUCGCCCGCAGCAUCGUCGCUGGCGAGCCCAUCACGCUGUUCCGCACCGCCGACGGCGCCGACGCGCGCCGCGACUUCACCUACAUCGACGACGUCGUCAAGGGCUGCCUCGGCGCGCUCGACACGGCCGGCGAGAGCACCGGCACCAAGUCCGGCAAGAAGCGCGGCCCGGCGCCGCUCCGCGUCUACAACCUCGGCAACACCUCGCCGGUGCCGGUCACCCGCAUGGUCGCCAUCCUCGAGAAGCUCCUCGGCAGGAAGGCGAACAAGCGCGUCGUCACCAUGCCCAGCAAUGGCGACGUGCCGUUCACCCACGCCAACGUCAGCCACGCCGCGCGCGACUUCGGCUACCGCCCGGCGACCCCCCUCGACGCCGGCCUCCGCCGCUUCGUCGACUGGUUCGUCCACUACUACAAGCUCGACACGGCCAAGAUCGCCAAGGGCAAGAGGAAAUCCAUGGCCAUGUCCGCCGCGUCGUGACGUGUCCACCCAAUUGUCCUUGGAGGCUAGCACUCGUCCUGCAACUUUUUUCAGUGCUAAUUUGUUUAAAAGAUUGCUGCUUUGUUUCUCCAUGAUGGAUGCAAUCAACCAUGCUGAAUUUUGCUUAUGCUGCUUAAGCAAAAUCCAUGGCUAGUAGAGAGAAAAAGAAAUGGACUGGAGUAUAGAUAAGAUGACAGAGCAAAAAAAGGAAGGAGCCAGGGCAGAAGAAGAAAGAUGAUGUCACUGGAAUCCUUCUGGUUUAGAAUAUUUUCCUCUGAACUUAUUCUUUUCAGUUAAUUACCAUCUUGUUCUUGUUCAUUUGGUCUCAUUUGGUGUGAUUCCUGAAUGAUCAUGCCAGCAACAAGAACACAAGAUGCUGUAGUGGGUGUAAAUCCAAGCAGCUUCAGGCUGCCAUAAAAAAAUUUAUAUAUAUACUUUAAAUUUUGGCGGUGGACUUUGCUGCGA